CUUUUCUCUGGGUUGAUCACACCAAUUCCUGUGGGGUAGACCAUUAAAUUUCCUAUUCGGGAUAAAAAUGUCACACCGAGCGACAGUUUCGCUGAUAUUCUCCCAGAAAGCGAAAAACGACACGCAAAAACGAAAAACACGACGAAACAAAACGAAACGGGAAAGCGGGAAAACGAAAACGAAAAUUCUCAUCGUCUCUUUUCUCUCUCUCUCUUCUUCCUCCAAUAGGCCAUAAUCCCUUCCUCCACAGCCAUAGAAUCAGUGCUUGAAAGUGGUGGAAGAGGUCUCUGGAGGUGCCAGAGAGACAGCAGCAGUGACACACACAGAGCCAGUGCGACAGAGAGCCGGAGAGAUGUCGCUCAGGCCAAUCAUCAACACCACCAAGGUGCACGCGGAUGAUACUACUCCAUUUGAAAGGGCUCCCAAGGACAUGCUCGAUAAGACGUCUGUUGAAUAUAUCAUAAAGACCGGGCUCGCUGGUGGCAUAGCUGGCUGCUCAGCCAAGACGCUGAUAGCGCCGCUGGAUCGUAUCAAGAUCCUGUUCCAGACGGGUAACCCGGUGUACAAGAAGUACUCGGGCUCGAUGGGUGGGCUGUUCCGUGCAGCUGGUGCCAUAUACCGCAAUGACGGUGCUAUUGGGUUCUUCCAAGGUCACAGUGUCACCUUGCUGAGGGUGUUCCCCUACGCCGCCAUCAAAUUUGUUGCGUACGAACAGGUGCGACGUGUGCUGAUCCCAACAAAUGAACACGAGACUGCGCUGAGAAGGCUGCUGUCGGGCUCGAUAGCUGGGCUGAUGAGCGUAUUCAUAACCUAUCCGCUGGACCUGAUCCGUGUCAGACUGGCGUUCGAGACCAAGAAACCUCCCGUUGAGUACAUGCAUAUACACCAUAAGGAUCACUAUCACGACGUGAGGAAAGGCCGUCUAGUGAGGGUUGUUGGUGAGAUCUACAAGGAGCAUCCCAUAGUGGAUCGUCACUUCUUUCUGAUCAACUGGAUCAAGAAAACACUGCCUCCGUCGCUGUCGUCAAUGACAAACUUCUACAGAGGAUUCAUACCAACGAUAAUGGGCAUGGUGCCCUACGCCGGAGUGUCGUUCCUGGCACACGACGUCAUCCACGAUAUAAUGAGGUCAAAGUACAUCAGAGCGUACACCGUUGACAGCACAAAAGGGCCGCAGAACACGGUGAGUGGGAAGCGGAGAACCCCACUGAACACUUGGGCUCAGCUACUGGCUGGUGGGCUAGCAGGAAUGGUCUCGCAGACGUCAUCUUACCCUCUGGAAGUGGUGAGAAGAAGAAUGCAAGUUGGUGGUGUCAACAACGGCCAGUUCGUAUCGAUGAAGGAGGUUGCGAUGAAGAUCUGGUCGGAGCGUGGAUUCAAGGGGUUCUACGUUGGUCUGAGCAUUGGCUUCGUGAAGAUCGUCCCAAUGGUUGCCUGUAGUUUCUACGUCUAUGAAAGAACCAAGUUCAGCCUGGGAAUAUAAGACCAGGACACAGACCACGUUAUAGCAUAAGCAUCUCCAAGAUUUUAUUGGUAUACAUACUACAAUACAUACUACAGUGACUAUAUGGGGAC